UUAGGGAGGCAGGUUCAUUCUAUUCUUAAAGCUAACUCUAGCUGGACGAGUUGCAGGAGUGUGGAAAGAAACAAGGGCACACUGGUCAUUGUAGGACUUCAGAUUUGCUUGGUGCUUUUUGAAAGAAAGGAGAGGUUAUUUAUCUUCUGAGGUAUUGUUUUCCAUUUAUAUCUUAUUCCUGGAUUUAUUAUAAAUAAUUAAGACAACAAAACUGGCUGCAUUGUGCAAAGAAGUUGGCAACAGAGAGACUGCGGUAUUUGUGAUAGACUGGCUUCUUGCUAGUUAGCAUUGUUUUUUUUUGCGAUCAUGACUUCUGUGGAAACUGGUCCUGGAAUUGACCUUAUCCAGGUCAGGAUUGAGUCUCUGAGCAGCAAAAUGGACACUCUUAUAAGCAUCCAGGAGAAGGUCCUGAGCCGUCUUGACAGCAUGUCCCAGGACAUUGAUGGGAUAGAGAGGGACAUGGAAACUCUGAAACUGGACAAGGAGGAGAUCAGUCCUCCUCCAGCAACAUGCAACGAAGGACCAGCUCGAGGAGUCAGAGGCGAGAUGAAGGAAAUGUGCCAAGAAAUGAGCAGCAUCAUGACAGCGGUCAACCAGCGUUCGGAGCAGCAGGCCCAGAAGCUUGAGGGCAUGGAAAGGCUGGUGCUGAGCAUCCAGCAGGUCGUCAGCUUCAUUGGGGAAACCGUCAAGACGUCCAAAGUCAUGGAGCUCAUGUUUAAGGGGCCAGCAGCACGCAAGCACAAAACGUCUUUAAGCUUGGGGCCCAAGAACAGGGAUAACAAAGGCAAACAAACCGCUAAGAAACAGGCCUCCGGUGAGGUUCCUCCAGGCAAGAAAGCGGCCUCUAUUAAACCUGUUAAAGGGACAGAAGAGUUAACCCUGGCAUGUGAACCCAGCAGCUUGGAGUCUACUCACAAGCUAAAACUUCACGGACCAAAGCAUUUCCUUUCCUCAAAGAAAUCCUUCAACUUUUUGAAGGAUCACAAGGUGAAAGAUGGAAAGGAGAAGUCGCGUCUAAGCUUCAAGGGCUUGAAGGCACAGAAGAAAAAGAAGCCCCCAGACACCACAGAUGCUGCCUCUCUGAAGAAGCAGGCCCUGCUGCUGGAGGAAGUUCAGAAGCUGAACAGAGAAAAUGCUGAGCGUUCGACAGUGUCUGUGGGGAUGGAGGUUGAGGCAACUCUCAGCCAAAACCUUCUGGACUUCAUCCUGGAGGAAACCAAGGCUCCAAUUGCCGAGCAAGAGGAGCUCUCAGAGGAGGAACGGGAUGUCGGUGUGGAGCUGAAAGAGGAGGAGGAGGAGGUAGUGAAGGUGGAGAAUGGACCAGAGGAGAUGCCAAAGGAGGAAAAAGAGGAGAUCACAAAGGUCCCUGAAGAAGAGGGAAGGGAGGAAGGUUCUGACAGUGUCCCUGCUGUAGAGACUGAGAGCUGUGAAUCAGAACAAGUGGAUGAAAUGACCACUAGCAGCAAGCGGCGUGUGACAGAGGAGGACCUUGAGCUGGAGGACCACAAGAAGAGCAGGGUGGAGGAAGGUGACGAUGAGGAGGAAAACCAGGCUGAGGUGCCUGAAGAUGUGCUUGCUGUUUUCAAAGCGGACGGAGUGGAAAUCCAUAUAGAUUUCAGCAAACAGAAGCAACAGGAGGAUAACAUACCUGACGAAUCCGAGUGCGAGCAGUUCUUCAUUGACUGCACCCCACCACCACCCGCCCCCUUCAGCCACCGUGUGGUUUCAGCCAAACCCAACCAGAUCAACAACUUCUACACCAUCAACCGGCAGGAGAUCCUGGGAGGAGGCCGUUUUGGUCAGGUGCACAAGUGUAUCGAGAACUCCUCUGGACUCACUCUGGCAGCAAAGAUCAUCAAAGCACGGAGUCAGAAGGAAAAGGAGGUGGUAAAGAAUGAGAUUCAGGUGAUGAACCAGCUGGACCACGCCAACCUGAUCCAGCUGUACGCAGCCUAUGAAUCCCGGAAUGAUAUCAUCCUCGUCCUUGAAUAUGUGGACGGUGGGGAGCUUUUCGACAGAAUCAUCGACGAGAACUAUAAGCUGACAGAACUGGACACAGUCAUGUUCAUCAGACAGAUCUGCGAGGGUCUGCGCUACAUGCACAAAAUGUACAUCCUCCAUCUGGACCUUAAGCCAGAGAACAUUCUUUGUGUUAGCAGACUGACAAACAAGGUCAAGAUCAUCGACUUUGGACUUGCAAGAAAGUACAAGCCGAGGGAGAAGUUACGGGUGAAUUUUGGCACUCCAGAGUUUCUCGCCCCAGAGGUGAUCAACUACGACUUUGUGUCCUUCAACACGGACAUGUGGAGCCUUGGAGUGAUCGCCUACAUGCUCUUGAGUGGUCUGUCACCUUUCCUUGGGGACGAUGACAACGAGACGCUGAACAACAUCUUGUCCUGCCAGUGGAACUUUGAGGAAGACGAGUUCUUGGGCAUUUCAGACGAGGCCAAGGACUUCAUCUCCAAACUGCUUGUCUUCAAUAAAAGCUGGAGAAUAGGUGCAGGCGAAGCUCUGAAGCACCCCUGGCUUUCAGACCCAGAGCUCCACCAUCUCCUGCAUGGGAAGAGGAACAUGUGCCGAUCGCGUAGAAAUUCAUGUGUGCCUCCCCCAGAGAGCUAAUAAACAUGCUGGCUUGCUUUGAUUCUGCCAGCUGAGGCCAUCUGGACCAAGCCUGCUGUGCCAUCAGUUACUGGACAUUACUUGUACACAUUUACCUACCUGUUAGCCUGCUCUGUCUGGAUCACGUCUUGCACAAUUUUUGCCAUUCUGGUAAUUACAGUCACAUUUUGUGUUACGUUUGUGGAAAGUGCACUUUCAGCUGCUUUUUAAAAUUGUUGCAUAUAUUUGAGAGUUAAUAUAUAAAACAACAACAUUAGUAUUAUCGUCUCAGGUUUAAGAUAACACUUAUGAAUUUGGCAUGAAAAGAUCACGAGCAGGUGGGUCGUGUAACAAAAUGACUCAUUGCGCAAUGUCCAAGAAUUUGGACAGACUGUUGUAAAAAUAAUCUAACAGUUAAAAUUAAAACCAAGUAGAUUGUCUCCUUAUAGCAGCAGCCCUUAAAGGGACAUUGCUUUGGCCUGCUGGUAACAUGCCUACUCGCCUCUUACAGCAGUGCCGCAGUAGUCUCUGAGCGAGCUUUCCUGGUUUAAAGACGAGGAAAGCCCCCUAUUGAUGAUGCGUCUUGAAGGUGAAAGUAAAAUUUCGAAAGACUACAAGUUGUUUGAAAUGAAUUAUUCCUUUGACAAUGAAAAACAUUUGAGGACUGAAUUGAUUGAAGUUAAUGCUACAUCAGUAAAGCUACCCAACAACACAGAUGUAUUUAUCAGCCUCAGCAUCAGUGGCCAGCAGUCAGGAUGUGUUGAGGGCAGUGCAUGCUGGUUAUUGUAGUGAGAGAACAUUGAUGGAUAAAAAUGAUACAAAAUUGUGAAUUCUGUUAAAGCGAUGAAUUUGAGGGAUGCAAUGAUGUGCUAGAAAUAUUACAUAACAUAACAAAUAACAAAUUAAAUACAAAUUUUAGGCCCGAUUGCUGUUUUAAGUUGUUAAAUUCAGAGUACAGCACUUUCAUCAAUCAUCAAUUUCAUAAAGUACCAAUACAUUUGACCAAUACAGGUUUGUAUAAUACCUGUAUGAGUCAAACGUAUUGAUACUUAAUGAAAUUGCACUGAAUGUAAAAGCUAAAUGCAAAGACACGUUGUGACUGAAAUGACCAGAGGGCAUCAUUUUGAUCUGUAUCUUUGACCUUUGAUAGACUGUCUGUCUUUGCAGCAGGAUGAGUUUGUUUUAUAGAAGUGCUGAGUUGUGUUGUGUGAUGCUCAGUAUUACCUGCAUCGUUGUGUAUGUUGUGCCAAGUUUGAGCUCCUUGUGAAAUGUAAAAUGAAAUUAUGAAAAAAAGACGGACAAAGAAUGUUAUGACGGAAUUUUAUAUAGUUUAUUGACAAAAAAUUUACAUGGUAGAAUCUCUUAUAAUUAAAUGUCUCCCACCAUAGAUGGGUAGAUAGAUAAUAGAUAGCUAGAUAGAUAAUUACAUGUACAUAAUGUGGUUAUAGCUUAAAAGUUAGAGGUAUUUUAGUGAAGCAUGAUCUCUUGCAGUGUUUCUGUACAUGAAUAUUAUUUGGUUUCCUCUAAUGUUGCAAUGUAGAACCCAAUUGUGCUAGCUAUAUUUGUUUUUAAAUCGUCGGUUCUGUGUUAUUUGUCCAAAGAGGUAAAUUUACAAGCCUCUCGACUGUGAGUACUGUAACGGUUGAUUUUACCAAGAUUGACUCAUGCAUAAAAUCUAAUAGAGGUGUAAUCAUCACAGGAAUAAGUAUGAAUUGAUAUGAACUGGAGGGAUGCCAAAAUUUGUUGUAUUGCCCUUUCAUAUUGGAUUAUACAGUACAGUGCAGAAGUCCGAGACCACCCUUCAUUUCAUUUAAUUCAUUUCUAGUCAGAAUGACCAUGAAGUACAAGUUCAGAGUCAGUAAAAAAGCAGAAAACAGAUUUGCAUAUAUUGCACAGCUCCAAAGUUCAGUCUUAGAAGAUGGUUUUGCAUUUUUUGCUUCUUACAAUCCAAGUAAUCCCAAACACACCUAGUGCUGUUGAGAUCUGGACUCUGAAGUGGUCAGUCUGUUGUUCUGAGAAGACCUGCAGCAUUUCAGCACGAUAGAGAAACACCUGUGGAUGUUUUCAGAUCUGAAGCAGCUUGAUUUUUUUUCCUCUCUUUCAAAGAUGAAAGCUUUAAGAGCUGUUUAUCUGAUGGGGACAGUU